CACAGGACAUUGGGUCAAAAUCACACUUAAUGUAACACACUUUACCGGAUGCUCUGUGGCACACACACAUUUGGGUGUCGAGCUGUUGAUCAUCUUUCACAGCUACAGCCAAGCCAGUUUAGAAGUCAUGUCCAUCACCUUUAACUUUGAGGAUUACUAUGAUGUGGGGAAUGAAACCAACCAGGAAAACAUCACGCCUUACGUUGUGGAUCCUGAGACGUUACCAUGUGAGAUUAAACCCCUGGGUUUUGUACCUGCUUUAACGCUGUGUCUCCUCCUCAUAGCCAUCUUUAUAGUGGCAAUACCAGGAAACGUGUUAGUGGGAUGGGUGAUCGGCACCAGCAGACAGGCUCUGACUCCAUCUGACGUGUACCUGGUCCAUCUGACCAUAGCAGAUGGUCUGAUGGCCCUAAUACUCCCGUUCUUUGCUGCAGCAUUGAUCAGAGGGUGGAUCUUUGGAGACUUCAUGUGCAAGUUCCUCCACCUUGUCUUUGAGGCAAACUUCUACACCAGCAUCCUCUUCCUGGCCUGCAUCAGCGUUGAUCGUUAUCUCGUAAUCGUGCGCGCCAAUGAUAGUCUGGGUCGUCAGAGGUUAUGCAGCCGGCUGCUCUGUGCAGCAGUGUGGGCCUUUGGUGUGGCCCUCUCUCUGCCUGCACUUUUCAGAGAUGUGAAAAAGCGAGGCCCUGACUCAGGGCGGUUAACUUGCACCGAAAACUUUGACAUCGGCAGCGCCACCGUAUGGAGGCAUGCCACCAGAAUAUUACUCCAUGUUUUUGGUUUCUUUCUCCCCCUGUGUGUCAUGAUAACUUGCUACAGCAUCACCAUCAUACGGCUGCUGCGCACUCGAGGCUUCAGGAAGCACCGGGCCAUGAAGGUGAUCAUAGCUGUAGUGGCUGCGUUUCUGCUGUGCUGGACUCCGUACCACAUUGCCAUGAUGGCGGACACAAUCCUGAGAGCUGAUCUGAUAACUUUUGACUGUUCUGUGAGGAGGUCGGUGACUCUGGCUUUGAUUGUAACGAGCAACCUGGCUCUGCUCCACAGCUGUAUCAACCCUGUCCUCUAUGCCUUUGUGGGGGAGAAGUUCAGGAGAAAUAUGACGCUCCUGCUUCAGAGGAAAGUCAGACACACAGAGAGGAUAUCGGGGUCAAGGUUCAGCAGGUCGACAUCUCAGACCUCAGAGGGUACCGGAGCUAUUCUCUAAAACCUCAAUGGACUUGUUUGAUAUAUGUUCAUACUUAUCAGGGCUUUUGAGUAGAGAGAGGAAGAUGCACUAGAUAAAUUAGAUAUGUAUAGAUACCAAACGGAGACUUGAUGUCUCAGUUUUGUCCAAACAAUCCUCUACAGCUAUGUUUCAUUAAAGUCAUUAGCUCUCAUUCGCUGAAGAGCAACAACUUCAUCUUGAUCUAUCCAGUCGUUGGUUUGAUAUCUCAGCCUGGACCAAAGGUGCGGACCAGCCCUCACACAUGCACAGUUACACCACAAGCUUGACUUUGUGUAGACUUCACUGCUAAAUGAGAGGAUUUGUCAGAAGAAUCAAAUUAUAAAGCUAAACUGGAUAUUUCAGUGCGCCUUCAUACAUUUUCAAUCAACUGUGACAAAUUUAACUCCUUUUUUCCACUUGUUUUUCAUUAGACAGAAAGCAUUUUAUUAUUCAUUAUAUUUCCACAGUACAGGAAAAUGUCAGAAUAUGAGGUCAAAUUUAACAUAUUUUGUUAUUGUGUGUGUCAGUUUUUUGUCUCCAUUUAUUGUCACUCUCUCACCUCUGAUUUACGUGGUACACCGCUGCCAUCUAUUGGAUUGACUGGAGUCUGCAUCCACUAGUGAAAUCUUUCAGUCUGUUUUUAGUUUUUGUAACAAAAUAAUCUUGGAUAGCAUUUAUUUUAAAUAUGCAGUAUGCUUAUGUCAUCCAGCUGUUGUUUGUGUGCUUACUACUAUGUCUUAUUUAUCCAUAUGCUUCAUAAGUUUUAAAUAAGAUUAUAUAUACCGCUGUCUUUUUUAGUAAAAUGUUAGUACUAUUCACAUUUCAGGUUCUUCCAUGCAAAUAAAUGAAAUAUGAAAGGCAA